AUGACGCACCGAACAAAGGUGCUGGCGCUGUAUAAGCGCGUGUUGACGCUGCACCGACGCCAGUUGAAGCCGCACAUGCGCGUGCUCGGAGACCAGUACGUUCGCGAUGAAUUCAAGCGACACAAGAGCGCAGAUCCCAAGUUCGUGCCGCUGUUUCUGCGCGAGUGGGAGCAGUACGCGGCUACUAUGGACCAGAAGAAGACCCGCUUUGGUCAGGAGCUGUCUAUCGAGGACCAAGAGCUACUGGACGGUGAGCAAAAGAUGAAGUUGCGCUCACUGCAAGACGCGGCCAAGAAAGUGGGCGAAACAAUCGCAUGA